GGUGGGUUGCGCAAUGACUUAACUUUGAAGCGCUGAAUUCAAGCUCCCUCUAGUGGUAGCAUAGAAUACCAAAUCCAAGUUAUUAAAGCAGUACCCCGUGCAGGGGUAUAUUUAUAAUUCUCCUGCCCUCUAGUGGCACAACACGUAGGGGCGCAAGUCCAGUCAACUCAUUAUAAGACUUUUGCAUGGCAUAAGUGAAACCACCAUGUAAAGUGCUAGUUCAUUUAUUCAUCUGCAGCCAACCCUCCCAGCUCAAAUGGAUUGGAUCAAAUGGAUCUGCUUUUGGGGAACGAGUGAUACACUCGUCUGAAUUUACAGCAAAAGAACAAUGGGAUCGUGGUCCACGGCGCUUCAAUAUGGCUACGCUUUUCAGACUGGACUGACAGGUUUAGGUUAGAUGGUGACAACUUUGUACCAUUUUCCUCAGAUUUGUGAGAAAUUUGCAUUUUGGACACAUACGGCGCAUCGGAAACACACAAGUGCCACCGCUUGUUGUCUGUCUAUACACUGAAUGCAAGAGUGGAGCGCUAAGAAGUCUGUAAUUGAUGACUAAUGACUUGUUUGUUUUGAGGGAAACAUUGACUUGUUUCCACAACACAACUACAUGCGCGCACAUGCGAGAGGGAAAACAAAGACUUUUGUAUUACAAGCCGAAGACCUGUCCGUUCACCACUCACGUUGUUGUUGCGGACGCUAACUUUGAAGUCCUACUCCUCUGCAAUUUGAAAACCAACAACCGUCUUGAAUCUCUCUGUCUGUCUCUCUCUCUCUCUCUCUCUAAUGAUAAUCCAUCAAUCCUCACGGCCCUUUUUUGGAUUUUAUUUUGGAUAAGGAAUUUGCCAGUACAGGGCAUGCGCGCACAGCACAUGGACUUUUUGGUGCCUGUGUUGCCUGUAUAUUACCAGUUAGCCAGCAGUGGGCAGCCUACUCACAUGCUUGCUGGGAUUGAUUCAGUCAAAAAACAAAGUCCUUUACAGACUCAUAUAUUUGACAUCUACAAAUGUGAUUUAACACCCAAAAAAUAUGGCGAUGCUUUGAAUGUACCUGCUUAGGUAGUGGUCCGCUUUAGUUUUAAAUGUAUUUAUUUCUGCACGGCCACAUAUAAAAGUUAUAAGUGAAGAGUUAAGACAACAAACUUGCUCUAAAAUAAAAUGACAAAAGCCACUAUUGCGCAGAAUCCAAGACACACUUGUUCAAAUGAGCACACACAUGCACACAGUGCCAUACUGUACACACACACUAUCCGAGGCCCCUCCCUCCUGGGAAAGCGCGGAGCUCCUCACCUCGUCUUUCAUUGGGACCGAAGCGUGCGUAAGUGGAGCCGCAUCCGCCGCGAUCUCCGAGGCCCUGAGCAGCGCCGACUUUUGGCCCAUCGUCCCGAGGAGCGGCAGACGGCGACGGGAGAAGCCGGAGCGGCACCGGGAUCCGGACCCGGACUCGACCGGACCGGGGAUGUCCCGAGCGGAGGAUCGCGAGGAGGCGGACUGCGUGUGCUCCUUCGGGAUGAAGUCCACUUGGGACAUCAACGACCCCAAACUCCCGCAGGACACCAAGCAGUUUGACGCAUUCCAGGAGUGGACGGACGGCUACGUGCGUUACAUCUACAGCGCGGAGGACAAGAACGCUCAGCGCCACCUGUCGGGCUGGGCCAUGAGGAACACCAACAACCACAACUGUCAGAUCCUGAAGAAGUCUUGCUUGGGCGUGGUGGUCUGCUCUCGCGGUUGCGCGCUGCCCGACGGUUCCCGACUGCAACUGCGGCCCGCCAUCUGCGACAAGGCGCGACAGAAGCAGCAGAAGAAGGUUUGUCCCAGUUGCGGCGGCGCUCUGGAGCUGCUGCCGUGUCGAGGGCACAGCGGUUACCCCGUCACCAACUUCUGGAGGGUGGACGGGAAAGCCAUCUUCUUCCAGGCCAAAGGGGUCCACGACCAUCCCAGACCAGAGUCCAAGUCCGAGACGGAGGCCAGGAGAAGUUCUGUAAAAAGACGAGUAAGCUCACCGCCGUUCGCACCCAAAAGGCGCCUCGUUGAAUCCCAGGCUCUCGGCCCCGCCCUGCUUUCCUGCGCCGAGUCGGCCGAGCGGCUCUCCUUUAUCGAACCGACCUUCCCUCAGCAUUACCCGGCCUUCCAAAGCUCGGAACCCUACUACAACCCUCACAACGCGCUGGGAGAGAGUUCUCCCGCCGCGCAAAAGACGGCCAAUCCCAGGCUCUACAUGGGGAGACCCGGAUACGAGUUCCAAGGCUACCUGACCUCGCCUUCCUAUCCGGUGGCCUCGGACUUCUGCGACCCCAGGGUGGCUCCGGUCCUCGGUUGUCAGACGUCCUCGACGGCCGCGCCGCUCUCCUCUCCUUCCUUCGACGCGCCGCUCCCGAAACCCGGCUGGAAGGAUCUCCUGAAGAAUCCCGGGUCCUACGGCGACAACCACCAUUAUUACGGUCCGGACUACCCGUGCCGCUACUCGGGAAACCCCCCGGCGUCUCCGGCCGCGCUGCAGACCAUCAUCACCACCACCACCAAAGUGUCGUAUCAGCCGUGUCCCAAGGGCGGCGCCUACCAGUCGUGUCCAAAAGUUCAGCCGGGGCUCCCCGGCUGCUCCUCGUCGACGGACGAGUCCUUCUCGGCCCAAGUCAAAGUGACGGAGGAGUCCGGGGGCGUCAUCAAGUCUCUUUCAUUUCAGCCCGAAGUGGUGCAGACAAAAACGGAGCGAGCCGACGCCUACGACUAUCGCUACGGCUACGCCAACGCCUUCCGCUACGACGACUACUGACGUCGACGGCGAUGACGGAACCGACCUCUCGGACCGUGACGCCGCCAUCUCUCUUGCCCCAAUACGAACGCAAACUGAUUUCGGGAGAAAUACUUCCUCCAAGUAAAGCGCUCCGGACUGCGCCAACAAACUACAAUGGAAAGCUAGC